AUGGCGGUUGAGACGCUGAUCGUUCUACGAAGCGGUUCAGACGUCAAACGUGGUGAUAUUAAUAUCUUCUCCUUGUGGGAAGAGGUUUCAUGGGAUAGUGCGGCAAACACAUGCACCCCAUGGACAUCCAAAGAACCUGAGGAGUUGCAAGUGCAUUGCCAGACCUUAAGGAGUGUGGGAGACCCAUGCUUCGGCACGAAUGGGUCGGCUCGGCUGGAGCGAUACCACGGCCUCACAGAAAACCGGCGUGAAACAACCACAACGUUGUGUUUCGCCGUAGUAAAAACUCCAAGUGUGGAAGAGCCGUGCUUCGGCCUGACCGGUGGCGUUGUGGUGACACCUGGUGACACCUGGCGUUACAGAACAGACGUGAAACAGACCUUCAAUGGCAUCUGGUUUACAGGUUUUUUUGAUAAUAGAGAAAAGUCAUCAAAUGACUUAGCUCAGCCUCAGCCGCAGCAGUUCAUACUGACUAAAAACUCCUCAGAUCCUUCUCCUGCUCCAGGCUGCGGUCGCGGUUCCUUAUUGCGCUUGGCCCGCAACCCUUGCUGUGCAAGCACCGCGGCCCUAGGCCGAGGAAGAUGGAAUGUAACCGAACACCACUUGCUCGGAGGACGCAUUAAUGUAUCGCGGCCUCGGCUUGGACCAGAAGAAGGAACAGGGUCGGCAAACGAGCAGACGGAUUACUUGAUGAUUAGUAAUCAGCGCCGCCCAUGGACACACGCAACGACAAAGGAGUUACUAGUGCGUUGCCGACCUUUUGGGGAUUAG